UGUGUGUAUAAACCAGCCAGUGGAAGUGUGCUCAAUGCCGAGCACCGACGCGGCUGGCCUGUGCCGCGCGAUCGCCCUUUGUUUGUUUACCUCCACGCAACACGCGUCUUUGUGUUCCAAUUUCAAAACUUUUAAAAACAAAUCUACUCCAUCAGCCAGUGCUUUUACUUCUUAUUUUGAAUCGUAGAGUUCUACCAUGAGAGUGAUGCGAGUGAAUGUUCGUAGUGUCAACAGAAAGUGACAAAAUGGUGUGUGGUACUGAUAAUACUGGUUCUGAGUCCCAAGACACUAAUUCGACAUCUGUGCUUGAGGAAUCUAUUAAUAUUGCCUUCCAAGAUAUACAUUAUUCUGUACGCAAUGGGUUCUUCACUAGAGGUCACAAGCAGAUCCUGGCGGGGGUGUGCGGGGAGGUGGCGGCGGGGGAGCUGACCGUGCUGGUGGGGCAGUCCGGCGCCGGCAAGAGCACCCUCAUGGACAUCCUGGCUGGCUACACAGCACCAACAAGCGGCCAGCUCCUCGUGAACGGGCGCCUCCGCGACGACAAGUGGUUCCGCCGGCGCUCCUGCUACAUCAUGCAGAAUGACCAGCUCCAGGACAUGCUGACUGUCGAGGAGUCCCUGAACGUAGCGUGUGACUUGAAGCUGGGAGCCCAUGUGAGCCGGGAGCAGAAGUGCAGGCGAGUGGUAGAGAUAGUGUCAGCGCUAGGACUGUGCUCAGCGCGAGUGACGCAGACGCGAAGCCUGUCAGGGGGCGAGAGGAAGCGGCUCGCCAUCGGGCUCGAGCUGGUCAGCGACCCGCCUGUCAUGUUCCUGGAUGAACCUACCAGUGGCCUGGACAGCUCAAUGUCGAAGCAGAUCAUCUACCUACUCCAACUGCUGGCGCGGCAGGGUCGCACGGUGGUCAUCACACUGCACCAACCCUCGGCAGUCCUGCUGCAGAUGAUAGACCGGCUCUACGGCAUGGUGGGCGGCCGCUGCGCCUACAUGGGGUCAGUCCCGAUGCUGCUCCCGUUCCUGGAAGGCAUGAACUUGAAGAGCCCCCCUUUUCACAAUCCAGUGGAUUUUUUUAUAGAAAUGAUGUUAGAAAAUACAAACCUGUUCGUAAGGUCAGCACAAAAUGGCAAAAACACGCAAUGGAUAGCCAACAUCCCUCACGUGAGUCCGCAAAUCAACAAUGAAGAUGAUUUAAUUGGUAAAAGUAAUUUAAAUUUAUACGAAGAGAUAAUAUCGAUCACUGCCCUGCCGCCCCCAAAAGAAGACGAGACUAGUAAAACGUUAUUGAAGCUCAAGACGACAUACUCGACGUCAUCGUGGACACAAUUCUGCACGCUGACCAGAAGAUCUCUGCUGAUCCUCUGGCGGCACCCGACCUACACGCGCAUGAUCCUCGCGGUCCACUGCGUGGUGGCCGUGUUCAUCGGCUCUCUGUUCUACGACAUCGGCGGCGACGCCAUGUACGUGCGCGACAACUACAACUUCCUCUACUUCAGCCUCAUGUUCCUCAUGUUCACGGCUUUCAGCAGCGUCUCUAUCAGCUUCCCCCAAGAGCUACCAGUGAUCCGGCGCGAGCAUUUCAACCGCUGGUACACCUCCGGAGCUUACUACUCGGCCACGGUCGCCGCCUCCAUCCCGACCCAGACUCUCUGCACCCUGGCGUACGCCUGCAUCACGUACUACAUGACGGGGCAGCCCCAGCAGUGGCUGCGGUUCCUCGGCUUCAGCUGGACGCUGAUGCAUGUGUCGUAUGUGGCGCUUUGUUUGGGGCUGCUGAACGGGUCGUUGUUUGAUGUGAAGAGCGCCGUAGUCUUCGGUCCAUUCUUCAUCAUGCCGUUCACGAUUUUCUCCGGCUUCUUCUUGCGCUACGUGGACGCUCCAGGGUUCUUCAAGUGGCUGUUCCACGUCUCCUUCCUCAAGCAUGGCUUGGUCGGCCUCGUCCUCUCCAUCUUCGGCAUGGACCGCGGCAAGCUGCCCUGCUCUGAUAUCUACUGCCACUACUCCUACCCUAAACAGUUCAUUGAAGAUCAGGGCUGCAGUAAAGAGUCCUAUCACGUCGCGGUCACCAUGCUGUUUUGUACGUUUGUCGUUGUGAUUCUGAGCACCUAUGUGAUAUUAAAGUUUAGGUUGAGUCGUAAAUGGUAGCUCUGGUUGAAUGAAGCCUACCGCUACUUAGGUAGGUAUUUAGAUCGAAAGAUUUUGA